ACGUAGUCUAACAUCGAGAAAAUCAUCCGUCAGUCCGACCGCUGACGAGACGAUUUCCAUUUGCGAGAACGAGGACUCUCUGGCGGUUGCAAAGUUGAUACACGUGCGAGGUGACAAGGUGGAAUACGUGCCACGCUUCUACAGAUUUCUCGCUUCGAUCAUCUCACAACGAAACGAUGGACGUUUGUCAUUUCCGCGAUGCGCCGAUAGCUACUGACGAUCCGCUCGUUUAACAGCGUAACGGCGAACAGCGACGAGAGUCAGAGGCAGAGCGCGAGCUAACAGAAAAAGAGAAGAGGGCAGGGGGUGGAAGCAAAAGGAAGAGGAUGAAGGAGUCGAGAAGGGGAUGCGUAGGAAUGUAAGGCGACGAAAAUACGUCUGGCUUCUACAGGGAGGGUGCUGUAACAGAGAGUAGAGCCCGGAAACGAAUUCGCCAGACUACCUGAGCCGCUUCAAACAGUCGCCGCAGAAUACUGUCCCGGCAAUUAUCCAGUGUCUCACACCACGAGCAAUGAAAAGCUGCACACCGGAAGCGAAUUAUACAUGCCACAAGGCUACAGGCAGGAAACUUGGUUACAAGACGGUAGCAGCUCCGAGACCGAAGACAGCGAACAGUACGUCCCCGAGUUUCAUCAGAUGUCAAGUGCAAAUGUAAAGCAGGAAUCUAGCAAUUGCACGAGAAAUGGCGAUAGCGGCAAUUAUCAUCCCCAAUAUCAAUCUUCCAUUACGCAGAGUCAAAAUAAUGAUUUCCUCGAACUCAGAUCGGAUCGUUGUUUCGGGAAUCGAAAGAUAAAUGGUUCGGCUGGCAAGAGCACGAAGGAUGUUGCUGUGAAGGAAGAACCGGCGGAUCGAAGCUACGUGGAACCGCUUCCCGUAACAAACAUAUCAUCCGCGACAUCUCAGGAUACGCAGAACGCAAACUCUUUAAUUUAUCAGCAACGUCAACAGCAACAAUAUGGAAACGUCACGAGGGAUCAUCCCAGAGGCUCGUCACCAUCGUCCAGUCGUCCGGCCAGCGCUUCUUCCUCAACUUCCCAAUGGCAAUCGACCUUUUCUGAAACUUUCCUACCGCGAUCAGAAAACUGGAAUUCUGACGUUUACGCGAAACGAAGCGGCACGCCGACUUGGACAGAGUUGGGCACACAAUUAGAUCCCAGAAACUCGUCCUGGGAACGGCAGAAUAGUUGUUAUCAGAAGAAGGGUUCGCCAGUUUCAACCUGGAAUCCGGAUCAUGUCAACAAGAGGCCGUCGUCGGCAACUGGUGUGCCCAGCUGGAGCGAUGUAGCCGUCGGUUAUCAGCAACAACGACGCGGCUCACUGCAAUUGUGGCAGUUUCUCGUAGCCUUGCUCGACGAUCCUGCGAAUGCACCUUGUAUCGCGUGGACCGGGCGCGGGAUGGAGUUUAAGUUGAUUGAGCCGGAAGAGGUCGCACGCAGGUGGGGCGUUCAGAAAAACAGACCGGCUAUGAAUUACGACAAGUUGAGUCGUUCGUUGAGAUACUAUUACGAGAAAGGCAUAAUGCAAAAAGUCGCCGGCGAGCGAUACGUGUACAAAUUUGUCUGCGAUCCGGAAGCGCUCUUCAAUAUGGCGUACGGAACCGGCGCGUCCUCGGGGAUUAGCGGAGAAGUUUCGAAUAGUAUGGUACGAAGUCACGCAACACCCGGGAAAGGGACGGGCGGGAACGAAGUUUCAGAUUUGAUGAAGCAUUCUGCCGCGGGAUAUAGCGACGCGGUUUUCGCUAUGUAUUCAAAUACCGCCGCAGUGUAUGGACCUUCUGGGCUUCAUCAUUUGCACCAAUAUCUCGGCGGUAACGAGGGCUUCAAAACACCGCCGAGUAGAUAUCAUCCCCAUUAUUCUCAUCAGUACGGUAGCAAUCAUCAUCACCAUCAUCAUCCGCCCCCGAGCUAUACAGAGACUUUUCUAAACUACAGUCGGUUGUCGUCGCACGAGCCGGCUUUCGAUUCGAAGGCGCAGGAAGCUCCACCGAGGGACUCGUAUUCCCAGGAAACGGAGAGUACCGGCAGAGAUCGGGAGGGUGCAUCGAUACCCUAUGAAAACGUGCAGAGAUCUCAAUUACCGGCUACAACCGCUUCCGCGCAGUCUUCGAUACUAGACGGCACGGCGAGUUCGAAAAUUGAACAAGCGCCGUACACGUGUCUUGGCGUCGGAAGCUGCGUCUGUUAAAUAAAUGUGAUCGAAUCUGUUGUUUGCAUAUUAUUCAAAGGGACAUCUCCCGUCGAUCCCUAUUUGACGUUCCUCGUGACGGAGCAAAGCUACGAAUCGUCUGAACGUAUAUGUGUGCUCAACAUAUAUUAACAAUUGAUGGAUUUCCAUCAAUUAAACUCGAUAAAUGUGACCUUGAACGGCAAGAAUACUCAAAAUAUUGUUUCCUC